CCUUUGUUUUUCUAUACGUUUGUCUCAGACAGAGCAUUAUUUUUGGCGUACACAGAACAGGGCAGUUCAGAAACGGAAAUACACAUUUCAGGGGAAAAAAUAUCAGAUUUUUUUGGAGUUGAUCUCUUGAUUUCAAGAGAACCCAUUUGAGUUUAUGCAUUAUCGAAGGUGUUGAAACGAUUUUGGAGAAGUUUCUGGUGUUUGGUUGCUCAGAAAAUAUGGCUAUUCAAGCGCAGUUGUACCAGGAAAAUCUUGGGUUUCCAUUGUGCGGUUCGCAAGAUUGGACGGUGGAUAUUGGAAAUAAUGGUUGCGGUGCGUUUAACUUUAACCAGUUUUCUUUCGGUUCUCAACAAAAAAACCACCAUCAUCAUCAUCAAGAUCAGCAGCAAAUAUUCAUUCAAGAGUUGCAGAAUCUGCAGCAGAAAAACGACAAGUUUUUGCACGACAAUACUCUAUCAAUGGCCUAUUCCCAACGCAUAGCGGAACAAGCCGAGAAGCAACGGCAAGAAGUCGAUCAAUACAUCAAAUUACAUAAUGAGAGUUUGAGAUUGAUGCUUCAAGAGCAAAGGAAGCAACUAAUGACGACACUAAUAAAGAAAAUAGAACCCAAAUUGCUAGCCCUUCUUAGAGACAAGGACGAAGAAAUUGCACUAGCGGCUAAGAGAACAAUGGAACUAGAAGAUUUGCUUAGGAAAUUGGAGAGCGAAAACCAGGCAUGGCAGAGAGUUGCGCAAGAGAAGGAAGCCAUGGUUGUGUCGUUGAACAACAGUCUCGAGCAGGCGAGAGAAAUGGCCUCUUUUUGCCCUAGCAAUGGCGCCGAAGACGCCGAGUCUUGUUGCGAUUUUGGCAUGGAAAACAGAGGAGAAGAAGAAACCAGAGGAGGAAAACAGAGUGUGAUGGUUUGUAAAGCCUGCAAUUCUCGAAAUUCGUGCGUUUUGUUGCUUCCUUGUAGGCACCUUUGUUCGUGCAAGGCUUGUGAAGCUUUCCUCGAUUCUUGCCCCGUCUGUAGAACGCCAAAGAAGGCUAGUAUAGAGGCUUUGAUUUUCUAGGCUAAUUUUCCGGGAAAAAGUAAAGAGAAAAAAGAAAAAUAAAAAAAAAAGUUAAACUGCAAAUGCUUAGGUUUAAGCAGAGCGCAUAUGGUUGAUACUGAUACUAGAUAUGAUGGAUAUGCACUAUGCAGUUAUGCACAUAUGUUAACCAUCUUUUCGAUGCUAGCAAUUCUUUUUUUUUUUUUUUUAUAUAUAUAAUUUGGAUUUUUUUUUUGUUCUUCCUUUUUAUGGUCUUUGAACCUGGAUUUAAUUUGUACUUUAAACAACCCAAAUUAAUUGAACAGAAUUACAGUAAAGAACAUCUUUUCCUUUCAUGGUGCUGUUACUGUUUUCCACUUUUAGUGUUUUUUUUUUUUUCUUUUAGAGUUUUAUACCAUUGUAUAAUUUUUUUUCCUUUGUCAGUUAUGUUGCACUGACAGAGGAAAAGCAUUGAAAGCAAUUGUCAGAUUGAAACUGUAGCUUUGUUUUACGCCACAAGCAAUUUUCCCGGAUG